UAUAACAAUGCGACUUCCUCCGUUACACAGUUACACACAUUGUAACAUUGUCUUCCACCCGUAACAAAGUUACACACAUUGUCUACCUAGGGCUUAAGUUGUUCGUUUUUGUUUUGAUUUUUUUUAUUGGCAUUUUCUUUGUUCAUGAUUUGAUACUUGACGUCUAGCAUACAACAAGAAGUGGGGAUUUGGCCGCCAUAUCUAUUAGCCUUGGCUACCGGAUCAGCAGAAAUGGACCUGUCCCCUACAGACCCCGAGUCUCUGGUCCAAUUGAAGAGGGUAUCAGUGGUGCUGGUGGACUGCUGUAGAACACAGGAACAACGAGGGAGGAACAGAGAGAACAACACAGAUGCAGAACAAUCCAAGAGCCCGAUGGACCUGUCCCCUACAGACCCUGAGUCUCUGGUCCAGUUGAAGAAGGUAUCAGUGGUGCUGGUGGACUGCUGCAGAACACAGGAACAACGAGGAAGGAACAGAGAGAACAACACAGAUGCAGAACAAUCCAAGAGCCAGGUGACAGCAUCUCAGGUGUUCACUUGCUCCCUGUGUCCAUGUUCUUACACGGCUCAGCUCUACCUCCACAAGCACAUCAAGAGGAGCCACACGGACGAGUAUGUGCUCCAGCUGAGGUCUGGAGAGAUCAGACCAGAGACUCUGGCACCUUCUAGUUUUACUCUUGGAGGUAGUACCAAAACCCACCAGCGCAUUUACACAGAAGAGAAGCCGUACCCCUGUAGUGAGUGUGAUAAGAGCUUCAGCCAAUUAAGCAGUCUCAAAACCCACCAGCGCAUUCACACAGGAGAGAAGCCGUACCCCUGUAGUGAGUGUGACAAGAGCUUCAGCCAAUUAGGCAAUCUCAAAACCCACCUGCGCAUUCACGCAGGAGAGAAACCAUACUGCUGCACUUUGUGUGGUAAGACUUUCACUCUGAGUAGUGCUCUCAAAAUACACCAGCGCAUUCAUACAGGAGAGAAACCGUACCCCUGUAGUGAGUGUGACAAGAGCUUCAGCCAAUUAGGCAAUCUCCAAAUACACCAGCGUAUUCAUGCAGGAGAGAAACCAUAUCGCUGUAGUAAGUGUGGUAAGACUUUCAGACAUUUAUUCUAUAUGCAAGCCCAUCAGCGCAUUCACACUGGAGAGAAACCAUACUGCUGCACUCAGUGUGGUAAGACUUUCAGUCAUCGUAGUGCUCUCAUAAAACACCAGCACAUUCACACAGGAGAGAAACCGUACCCCUGUAGUGAGUGUGACAAGAGCUUCAGCCGAUUAGGACAUCUCCAAACCCACCAGCGCACUCACACAGGAGAGAAACCGUACCCCUGUCGUGAGUGUGACAAGAGCUUCAGCCAAUUAAGCAAUCUCAAAACCCACCUGCGCAUUCACGCAGGAGAGAGGAGAGGAGGGAAGCCGUACCCCUGUAGUGAGUGUGACAAGAGCUUCAGCCUGUUGUCCUAUCUCCAAAAACACAGGCGCACUCACACAGGAGAGAAACCGUACUGCUGCACUCUGUGUGGUAAGACUUUCACUAAGAGUAGUACCCUCAGACUUCACCUGCGCAUUCACACAGGAGAGAAGCCGUUCCCCUGUAGUGAGUGUGACAAGAGCUUCAGACAAUUAGUCCAUCUCCAAACACACCAGCGUUUUCACACAGGAGAGAAGCCGUACCACUGUAGUGAGUGUGGCAAGAAAUUUACCGUUAUGUCACACUUAAAACUACACCAGCGCACUCACACAGGAGAGAAGCCGUACCACUGUCGUGAGUGUGGCAAGAGCUUCACUGUUGAGUCAGCCUUAAAAUUACAUCUGCGCAUUCACACAGGAGUGAAGCCAUACCACUGCACUCAGUGUGGCAAGAGCUUCAAUAAACAGGAUCAUCUCAAAAAUCACCAGCGCACUCACACAGGAGAGAGGCCAUACCACUGCACUCAGUGUGGCAAGAGCUUCACUCAGAGUGGUGAUCUCAAAAAACACCAGCUCACUCACACAGGAGAGAAGCCAUACCACUGCACUCAGUGUGGGAAGAGCUUCAAUCGAGAGGGAAAUCUCAAAAAACACCAGCGCACUCACACAGGAGAGAGGCCAUACCACUGCACUCAGUGUGGCAAGAGCUUCACUCAGAGUGGUGAUCUCAAACAUCACCAGUUCACUCACACAGGAGAGAGGCCAUACCACUGCACUCAGUGUGGCAAGAGCUUCACUAAUAGUGGUGAUCUCAAAAAACACCAGCGCACUCACACAGGAGAGAAGCCAUACCACUGCACUCAGUGUGGUAAGAGCUUCACUCGGAGUGGUUCUCUCAAAAAACACCAGUUCACUCACACAGGAGAGAAGCCAUACCACUGCACUCAGUGUGGCAAGAGCUUCACUCAGAGUGGUUCUCUCAAAAAACACCAGUUCACUCACACAUGAGAGAGGCCAUACCACUGCACUCAGUGUGGCAAGAGCUUCAAUAAACAGGAUCAUCUCAAACUUCACCAGUGCACUCACACAUGAGAGAGGCCAAACCAGUGCACUGAAUGUGGCAAGGGCUGACUGAGAAUGUCCGAUUGUAGGAGUUCAGAGAGAGGCUACGAGCUAUGAGGAAGAAAUGCAGUUGGCUGAAUAUGUGAUCAAAUGUUUUUUUUUCAACUGGCGGUCCGCAAACUAUCCCAAGUCGUCCGCGGUAAUAUAUAAUAUAGAGGAGUUGUUUUGCAAUAAUGAAUCAACUUCUAUGUAAAUCCAAACAGUUGCGCAACACCACCAAGGAUGGAAAUGAAAUAUUUCAUCCAUCUGCCACUGUGGCUGGUGGACUCCAAAAUCUACCAGCCACUCAACGUUUUCACCAGCCACUAGAGAUACGGUAUGAAAAUGUGAUAUGAUUAUAGUAACCUAAAUGAUUGUGGUUAUCGUCAUUAUUGCGAUACGAUAUGACUGCCCUCCAUGCACAGUAGCAACAAAACUAAAGGUCAACAGAACAGCAUUCAUAUGCCAUAGUGUCAUGAAAGGGCUGUGGCUCCUUCAAGACAAUCAUUUGGCGUGAGUUCUGGAGCUAUGCAACUUGAUAGCCUCCACCAUCUGCUUUUAAUAUGUACAGAGAACUAGGUUAUAUUUAACAUUUAUUUUCUAUUUGGCCUGUUAUGAAACCAUGCAUGAAUUAAACCUGACCUGUUGUGUCUGAUUUGUUAGAAAACUGUUGAUCCAAAUGAUGAGCUUUUGGUUGACCCCUAGCUCUGCCAAUUUAUCCACCAAUAGGUGGUUAUUAUUAUUAUUAUUUUAAUACCUAUGUAACGCUUAGGGAAUUAUGUACGCAAGGAACUGUAUGACCGAAACAGUGUGAAAUGUGCAAAGUGCCUUAACUGUUUUAAAUGAUGACAUUGUGAGAUAACGAGUCAAUGCAAUAAAUGUUUGUAACCUGUUAAAUUGCAACUGAUCUCUCCUGAUGACUGUAAAAGUGUACGUUGUUAUGUAACAUGUCAAAGUGAUAUGAUUGUUGUCGAAUGUAAACUGUUUGUGUAACUGCUGAAACUGUCUGUAAACCACCAGUACCAAAUGUAACCCGGAGAAGUAAUGUGCGUCUUUUUCAAAGUUGUUGGUUAGAUCCGAUUUCUGGAACAUUCUGAAAGCUAGUUACCAUGGGAAGUGUGAAAACUAGCUAUUGUGGGAAUUAGGGGGUGGACUUGCCUCAGGAAUGUGUGGGGGAUAGCCUAUAUGUUAUAAAUAGGGGUUGAACUAAAGAACGGGCCUAUUUGCUUUAAGAUGUCGACCAAACUCCACCACACAACCUGUUGCAGAUACCGCACCUUCUGUUCCGACUGUGACAAUCAGCCGACCUUUUGUACUAUUUUCAUUUUAUUUACAUUGCAACUUUGUAACCCGCAAGUAGAUAUUGUGCCACAUUUUGUUAACACCUCUAAAGUGCUGAAAAGUAAAGAAUUCAUUUAACUCUCCAAGCAGUAUUUUGUCUCUUUUUGGGUCUUUUACAGUUUCCAAACAGGAGGGUCAGAUAACCGAUCUCUUCUAUGGUUCUUCAUCUGUCUUUUCUAAGACGUGGGUUAGUUGGACGUUAUACUGCGGAACUGUAAUGAAAUCUCCAUUCUUUAAAAACCUAAACAAGAAGUAGUGUUGUCGUGAUACCUAAAUUAUGACUUCGAUACAAUACCUGACAUACAUAUCUCGAUGCUUGAUACUGAAACGAUACCAUGGCGAAAUCCUAAAAUAUCUGGAAAAGAAAGGACGCAGACCUCCUUCAAGUGU